AUGUUGUCGACGUCUUUGCGCCGGGCUGCAUGGGCGCCUCUGGUCGGUUCCUCACGAGCCACACAGCAAAUUCCUUCCUCCGUGCUCGGCGCGUCCCGAUCUUUGCACCAGCGUCAGUACUCCUCUUCCUCCUCAAAACCGCCGGUACCGCCCAGCGAUGGCUCUCGCCGAAUGGAUACCUCGACCCCGGCGAAGGGUGUGAACUCGUCUGGCGAAAAGGGCAAAUCUGCUCGCCGACGGGGGAAGGAGAAUGGCACUCGGGGCGGCUCCUCAAAAGCUAGUCAGCAAAAUGCGGCGUUCUUGAAGCUCCCCAGUGUCCCCUCCACCCAGCACCGCCAGCCGCAUGACGUACAUGUCGCAUCCUUCUUCUCCAUCCACCGUCCUAUCUCCGUGACCACCACGGUCCCUCCCAUCGCGACACCUGAAGCCUUUGACGCGAUCUUUUCCAAGAAAUUUUUGAAGAACAACCCCGACGAUGUCAUCUUCACGCUAUCCUCGACCGUUCAGAACAUGGAAAACUCUACGCCUGGCAUGGGCGAGGCGGAAGACCAGUUCAACUCCACUAUUCAGCAAACCUUUACCGCUGAUGUGAACGGAGAGCUCCGCAUGCAUGAUGGCCAUGAGAUUGGAGUCACCGUCGAAGAAUAUACUCGCCGUCUCCAACCAUUUAACCCUCCCCCUCCUCCCGUCCCUAUGGACAUGACCACCACCAGCACAUCCCCCAGCAACGUUGUGGAGGAAGAGACUUCGACCUACUCCACCGUCUUGACCAUCCGUGAACAACGCCACGCCGAUGGUCGCAAGACCUACGAAGCAUCCACGGGUCCCUUUGUCCGCAGCGACAUGGAGGACCCCGCUCAUGGAUUCACCAUCGAUGCUCCCACCGGGUCAACCUCGGGCAUGACAUACAUUGAGCGUGUCCGUCAUAACCGGACCAUGCACACCCUCAGCACCAAGAGACGUCGCAAGAUCAAGAUGAAGAAGCACAAGUUCAAGAAGCUCAUGCGGAGGACACGCACUCUUAGACGCAAACUCGAUAAGGCUUAG